UCUUUAUGGUAGAACUACAUAUAUAAGCAACAAUCAAAUUCAAAUCACAGCAUACGUUUCUAUAAACUUGUUCGAUAACAAGCGAAUAAAAAUGUUUAAACUAUUACAAAUCUUUGCCAUCCUCGGCAUUGCCGCUGUUCUGGCCUUACCACUAACUUCGAAUGAAGAUGAAUCAAAUACCACGACUGCUAAAGAUAGUGAAUCAUCCUCCACGACUCCUGAUGAUCAGAACACUGUUACACCCGAAGUUCCAAACCACAGUGGAUCGCCGGAUAACGGUAAUCAGGACAAUGAUGAAAAUAAUAACAACACGAGUUCGGCCGAUAUUAAGAACAAGACCUCUAACGUUAUUGACGAUUUGGAACAACUCGUACAGUCGGUGGCACACGCGAUAGAGAACGAAUUGAAGAACACCGCAAAUUCUACUUUGAAUCUCCUGGAAAAUGCGAAGGGUAAAGUGAACGCAACCAAGGACAAAAUUAAGAACGCUGUUCAGAACGCUACGCGAACGUUAGAAGGCAUCCUGUGGAACAUUAAAAAUCAAACUGAUAACAAUUUGGAACGAUUGAGAAACGCUACGCAAAACAACGUGAACAAGAUUAAGGACGAACUGUCGAACGUUGUGCAAGAGGCGAGGGACGGUAUCGCGACGCUUAAAAACGACACUUCCGAAAUUGGGCACGAUAUUAGCGAGAGAUUAGAAAACUUGUUAAACAAAAGUGUCGAUGCUCUGAAGAAUGUCAGCCAGUCUGUAAACAACGCGAUCGAUCAAGCUAAACAAGACGCUGCUGAAGUUUUCGAACAGGCGAAGAAUGCCACAUCGGAGAAGUUGCAGGAAUUGAAGGAUAAAGGAUCAGAGCUGCUGCAGAACGUGACAGAUGAUCUGAAAUCGUUGAGACAGGAAGGCGAGGACAUUUUAAGUAAGAUCGAGGAUUCGUUAAAUGAUCUGAAGAACGAAACAUCGUUGUUUGUUCAUAGUAUCGCGAACGAAGUCCAAGAAAAGAUAAACGAAAUUAAGCAAAACGUUUACAAAGCUGUGAACGAAACUGCACAGCUAGUUAACAGCACGUUGGCUAAUCUUUCGGAGGAAGCUCAGCAGAUCGGCGAAGAAAUUAAGAAUCAAAACGAUCAUAUCAAAGACAAUAUCACUGAUAUUAUGCAACAUUUAAAAGAGAAGCUGCCUGAUAUCGCUAAUAAAACUAUGGAUACCUUACAGCAAGUCGUUGAAGGGUUUGUUAACGAAUUCGAACAAAUCAAGGGGAACGUUUCCAAUAUUGUGUACAAGGUAGUAAAGGAUGUUCUAAGCGAAAUCUUAAGGAUAAAGCAGGAAAUAUCAAACGGCAUCGGAAAUAUGAAAAACAAAAUUGAAAAUAUCGAAAAUGAAGGUAAAGAUGUGUUGCAUAAUGCGACAGACAAGAUCCAAGAUGACAUAAAGAAAGUUACUGACAUAAUAUCUACGCUGGUGGGUGACGUUAAGGAUCAAACGCAGAGACGAUUGCAGGAACUUAAAGACAAAGUUGAUGAAAUGAGGAACGAGUCCGAGGCUAUGAAAGAUAACAUUAAACAUCAAGUAGAACAGGUUCAUAAAAAUAUCAGCGACGCUUUGAAGAAAUUGGAGAACGAUAUGAACAACACGUUACGGAAUGCUACGAAUAAAGCUUUGGAGAUUAUAAAUAACGUAAAGAAUUCCACGCAGGGAAUGAUAAAAGAAGUUAUGCAGAAUACUGCUCGAGCUGUAAACGAAGCGAAAGAUCAGUUCGAGGAUGCUAAGAAUAAGACAGCCGUUGCUUUGAACCAAACGUUGUCUUCGUUGAGACAGGAUGCAGGGAAAAUUUUGAAUCAAACUAAAGAAACUAUCAGUAAUGUGGUAAACGAACUGAAAAAUCAAUCUUCCAAUGCUCUUGAUAGUCUUAAGAAUAUAACGAAGAAGGCUUUGAACGAUGCCAAAGAGAAAUCUCGUAAGUUCGCGGAGGACUUGAAAGAUUCGAUAGGAAAGAUUGCGGAAGACUCCUCUAAUUUGAUCAAGGACGCGUUGCGUUCUGUUCAGAAUAUCGUCAGGGAUGUUUUUGGUGAUAUUAAUAAUGGUAUCGAGAAUACGGUAAAUGGUAUCAAGGACAUCGCUUCCGGUAUAUUCGAUGAAGUGCAGGCCGUCCAAAAUGGAGUAAAUGACGCUAAGGAUGGUAUAAAAGAUACAAUGGAUAAGUUUAGGCCGUCGAAUAUAACGCACAAUGUUGCGGACACAGUUUAACAUGCAGGAAAUACUGCUGAUAAUGUUAUUGGUAAUGUUCUAGAUGACGCGAAAUCAUUUUUCUAAAUUACAGUAUAAUAUACGCAAUCGCAAUUAAGUACAAUUAAAUGUCGACGAAGUUUUGCUUUAACGCACAAAUUUAUUAUCUACGUCUAGUGUUUUAAAUGAGAUAUCAUUUUAAAACUAAUAAUAUAGAAGAUAAAGUAACAGUAAGCAAAAAGAAAAAGCAGAACAAAGAACAAAACGUGAACUAAUAAAACUUAUUGCAUGUAUGAUUAAAUUAAAAAGAUAUGUACACACACGUGUGUGUGUAUGCCUAUGUAUAACUGUGUAUGUAAAUACGUGAAUAAAUAAAAUUUAAUUUAAUAGUAUAAAUUAAAA